AGCGAACGUAAGGAGCAGUUGCUCUUCAUUUGGGAGUGUUGUGUCGGUCCAGUUCACAGUUGGUCAAUUUUUCAGCGCUUAACUCCGAGUAAUUCUUCUCACACAACAAACAUGAUAUCUUCUUUGAACGCUGUGAUUACAGUUUUAUUGGUAUGUGUUUAUAAGAUGUCUUUGUCGACUUCCUCAUCAGCGGAAGUUAUUAACCACGAAUACUGUGUUGUUGGUGCUGGGCCUGGAGGUACGUUCCUGUAAAUUGAUGAAUUUUCAUACUUCAGUAUAUCAAAGAGACAUUUCCUUUACGUCUCUAAUAUGCUGAAUAAAUCUGACUUAUCAAUAAGUCUUAUCUACAUUAUACCCCCAUGCUCUUGCUAACACUAAUUUUUUCACUCGUUCUGGUUCAGGACUUCAAAUUGGUUUUUACCUCGAGCGCGCUGGGAGAGAUUAUGUUAUCUUCGAGCGAGAUGGAUUAGCAGGUGAGAAUUUUUAAACUUUUUACGCCUUUUUUGUUAUUCCUUUCCCUUCUCCGCUAUUGGACACGCUUCAGCGUCUCGUUUCUACGGUGAGCUACCGUAGCUCGUGUAGAGAACAAUAUAAAUUUCGGAAAUUUUCACCUGCCAUUGCCUCGAUCAAAGUGUCGAUUGCAAUUAUAUGGGCAUUAUUUAACACAAGGGAAUUCGCUUAAGACUCGUCAGGUAGAAAUAGAGAACGUUUUAAGUUGCAAUUUGCGUUUAAAGGUGAUGCGUUAAAAAUCGUCGUUGCGAAUCGUCUCGUGUAACGUCACCUUAUGAGUUUGAUAAUGUCGUAUUUAGUUGAAAUAAGCGAUAUAAUCGCAGAAUCAAUUUGGUUUCAAUUUCGAUUCUUAAGUUGAGAAGUGGUGCAGCUGUUGUAUGAAAUAAGAUUACAUAAUUUUGUUGUUUCGGCGUAAUUUGGAGCAAUUCAUGUUUUAGCGCAAAUCGUCACACAAAUUCAUUACUGUUCGUGCAAUCUGACGACUAAUUUAGCGUCUUGUCUUCCGUUACAUCAAAUCAAGAUUUCUGCAUUGGCUCGUAUAACCUUUAACCCACUACAAUGAAGUGCGUCUAAAAGUGAAAUACCGUGUCUAAUUUCGUGGUUAUCUUGUAUUUGAAUGUUCGAUCUUUUUAUCGCCUUCCUUACAUAACAAUAUUAAUCUCUCCGCGCAUAUACUUGACUUAAUUGUUCGAAAAUAGACUUUUGAUUUAAGAUAAAAAGUUUCAAUGAUUCAUGAAUGUUUGAAGUUGCGGUAAUUUUUCAAAGAGAUGUUUUGAAGAAAAAAAUUAAAUAGGAGAGCGUAGCAGUAAACGAGAACUUAUGUAAAUACAGGUCUUCUGCUUUGCAUAAUAAUAUUAAUGUUCAUUUAGAUGUUAAUUAAAGUGGUAGAAAGAACUUUUUCACACCCGUAUGUUUCUUCGAUGUACCUCAUGUUGUUUCCUCUGAACUCUUGGCUGAAAGGCCAUACGAAAAAGCUAUUAUUAUGUAGAAAAAUAUUUGAUCUUCCUUGUUACCACUUUUAAAUGAGCAUCUACAAAAUUGUAUUUAUUUCAGACGGUCGUAAGAAAGGUCGUCGAUCAGUUUGGUUACUUUGAGAUUCUGUUUAUUCAGAGUCAAUACAUGUACACGUAGGGUCAGAAGUUAAAAAUAAUAAACUUUUUCUCUAAACAGUAGGUCUAUACAGAUAAAUAUUUGGUUUAGGUUUUUUAUUAUAUUCAUUUUUACGCAGUGAUAUUAGCUGUGCAAACCUAAUUAUCACGAUUUUCCACAUCAUGGCAGCGAUUGUUAAAUAACUUUAGUGAAAAGCCCACAUCAAUCAUCAUUGAUCUCACUCUUCUCGGACAAAAUUUAAGGGCCUCACCUGCCCUAGAAUCGCUUCUUUGAAUUAGUUAUUAAUCUGUCAAACAUAUGUCUGUGAAAUGUUUCUUCACGCCUCUAAAUUUUCCUGGGAAAAAUUAUAGAUAUUCAAGCACAUGGAAAAUCUGAGACAAGCAUCUUAUUGAGCAAAUUCUGGUAUGGUUAUGUCCUUAGAAUUUGUUAGCGGAAUCUCAAUUAAAACUGUAGAUCGCGUGUUACAUAACAAGAAGUGAAGAACAAGAAUUUAUUCCAAGAGGAUCUCCCUGGGGGCUAAGAGACUAAAAUGGAAGUUGACUUCCUUUAUGUGGGAAAUAAUGGAACAAUAACUUAAGGGAAACAGGGGAACAAUGAUUUUCUAGGUUAGAGAACAUUCUUUCUGGGUCACAGGCUAUAUUUUUCAUCAACAUCUAUUUACACACCGUCUCAGGUCCAGUAAUAGGCUCUUUGCAUGGCUGUGGUCACCUGAAGGCGUGAUCAACUUUUAGUAAACACGAAAACGGUUCACUUCUGAAAAAUUUUGUUAGCACAAGCUGAAAGAGCAUAAUGUAAAAUUCCGAAAAUAAGCCCCUCCAAAUAUGAGCCGUAAUGCAAAAAAGUCCCUCCGUUAAAUCGCCCCUCCGAAUAUAAGCCCUCCUAGGGGUUUGUACUGGGAAUUUGCCCUCGAAUCCAAAAAUGCAAAAUGACAAAUUUCCGUCCCACUACAAGCUAGCCCAAUUGCUUUUGAAAUGCAAAUUUCCCUCCGCACAUAAGCCCCUCCAAAAAUAUAAAUCCCCUCAAAAAGGGCCUUUGAAAAAUGUAAGCCCCCGGGGGCUUAUUUUUACAAUUUUAUGGUAUUUAAAAUUCGGUAAGUCAUAAGAAUUUUCAGCCGUAUAUCUCAAAUUUUAAAGUAGCGAUUGCAAUGGCCGCUGAAAGUUAGAGGCAUUUGUAUGACAAAAAAAACUUUUGCCACCCAGUUACACUUGCAUGGUUUUCCAUACAAAUCCUUUAAUUUUUGAACUGUCAUUUAACCUUUCUCUUACGCAUUUAAGGGCUCAAAUUGUCUGUUAUGAAUUAAAAGUAGAUUUGAGCCCUUUAAUGCUUAAGGAAAUAUUUCAUAACAGUUUUGAAAAUUUCGAAACUACAAGGAUUUGUAUGGAAAACCAUGCAAGCGUCACUGGAUGGCAAAAGUUUUUUUUCUCAUACAAAUGCUUCCAGCUUUGGACGGUGGCUGUUGCAAUCAAGUCUACUUUUAAGAUAUACAGCUGAAAAUUGUUAGGUUACCUAUUUGUUAUAUUGCUCUUUCAGUUUUUGCUAACAAAAUUUUUCAAAAGUGAACUGUUUUCGUGUUUACCGAAAGUUGAUCACGUGAUAAAGUCAUGCAAAGAGCCUAUUGCCCUCUUCCAAGUGGCCAAUGUACUGACAAUUAUCAAAAUGAUCACCAAAGUAUAAUUAUUAUAAAAUAAUUUAAGCAAAGCAUGAUCCAUGGCUUAAUGGUGAUAUUCCAGACAGGUUCAGCCAUCUCCCCAAAAUAGGUAUAAUCUUGUUGAGAAAACACUUUCCUGGACGGAAAAUUGAAAAAUUUCUGUACAAUCCAAGGUAACUAUCUAAAUUAAUUUAUUUACGAAUACUCUUUUUAAUAAUUAUUUUUCAGGUGCAUUCUAUGUCAAGUAUCCAAGACACAGAAAGUUAAUAUCAAUCAAUAAAAGGCAUACAGGUGGAGUUUGAGACCAUUCUAAGUAUUUUGAUUUCUCACAACCAUGGUAUAAUUUGAAGGGCGUCAUGCAAAAACUACCCCCUAGUCCACUGAUUUUUUGUUUGGGUUGUCUUUUUGCCUGCAGAGCCCUUCAAUUGAUUUUCAUCAAAAAAACUGGAAAAGAGACAUGAUUUUAUGUGAUGGCAUUUUAAAUUAAAGCUUUAUUAUGAUUUUAUUAAGAGUAAAUUAAAGUUUUUAAUAUUUUAUGUAUGCAUUUAGAUGAGCCUUUUUAUGUUUAAAUUAUUAGCCGGCAAGAUAGGGAAAUACAUUAGAGCAUUAUAUGUUCAUACAAAGGGAAACUAUGAAAUAAAUCAUUUUGUUUUUUCACGUUGUUUUUUUACCCUUGGAAGAUAAGACUGCUAGAAUGUCUCCUGUUUUUGCAAAUUUUGCAAUAAGUGUUAUGUCACUCCUCUUUUUUAUUAUUUCAGGCAAAACCAACAAAGAAUUUAAUAUGCGCCAUGACUGGAACUCUCUUUUAAGUGAUGAUGAGUCUCUGUUGAUGACACGUUAUUCCAAAAAGUUUUUCCCGGAUGCUGAUGAUCUGGUUAGUGACCAAGAUUAAUUUCCUCCUAACAACACAUGAUGCAUAAAUUAAGAGAAAAGGUGGUGAGAAUUUAAAAAUAAUCAGCUAAGGGAAAUGCAGGGCUUAAAGAUUUAACAACCUUCAAGACAAUAUUGUUAUGAAAUGUAAGUUUAGUCUUUCCCGCAAGAUUAAACAGUCGGACCAUUACUUGAUUCUAAGAAUUUCUAACAGAAUUACAUCCAUUUUUGGAAAAGCUAACAAGGUCAAGAGAAGCAGCCAUGAUGGUUACUGACAUAAAUCGUUGAAUUUUGGGGUACCACUGACAAUAAAACAACCUUAGUGCUAUCAAAGGAAUAUAAGCUAUAAAACUUCUGCAUUCAUGAAAAUGGCCAGGCUGCAAUUUUAGCAGUAAGUACAUUACAGGAAUCAGUUGCCUUUAAUUUACCUUCAAAUCUUAUACUUUUUUAUUAUUAAUUUACUGUACUAAGUGUAAACAGAACACAAGGCCGGGACACACUAGGUGACGUACAUGUCACUGCAACACAUGGUAGAGAGAGAUCACUCUUUGUGAAGAGUCAAGCGACAAGUUGCAACAAAUCACUUUGUGUGUACGAGAGAAUUUUUGUGAAUUCUUUGUCGACAGCAACAGAAUUUUGUCGCCACAAUUAAGUUGCACAAAUUCACUACCAUUGUUUUAUCCAUUGCCUUAACUAUUUAUCAAAGCAGCUUUUGUUCUUAUAUAAAUUAUGUGGUAUUAUAAUAGUCUCUUCUAGUUGAAAUUCUUCUUUUUUGCACUAGGUGAGGUACUUAAAUGACUAUGCAACCAAACUUAAAUUAAAAGUGCAGUACAAUACAAACAUCAAGCUUGUGUCAAGAAAUGGUGAAGGCGAUGAUGCGUUGUUUCAUCUUACAGACCAGAAUGGGACCAUGUACACUUGCAAAAAUGUGAUAAUGAGGUAUAUAGUGCUCGCACUACAUGCAGGUCUAUGUGGAACUGUUAAACAUUAAAAAUGAAGAGGGACCUUGCACACUUGACAAAUUAGGAGCUUGCAAAACAGCUCACACUACACAAAAAUGCAAAAAACUUAGCUAUAAUGACUGAACUCGCUGGAAUAAUAAAAGAAAAGAAUUUAUUGAAUUCUCAUUGGCUGUAUUUGAACAGUCAAAAGUGGAUUUUUUCCUCUUUUUAUUCUGGACUUACAUUUUUACUAAUUUUUGUGUAAAAGAAUUUUUUUUUCCUCUUUUAUAGUACUGGUAUAUCAACAGAAAAUCUUCCCAGGAAUUUUAAAGGAGUUGAAUACACUGAGGUAUUUUAUAUUUAAGUUGAAUUUGAUUUUAAUUUUUUUUACGUGAAUAUAUAAUAAACAAAUUACUUAAUAAUUAUAUGGUAGAGAAUAUGGGGAAGUAUUUUCCUUCAUUCAAAGAAAUCUGAUUAUUUUAGCCUAGGCCAGCUAUUUUCUCGAGCAGUAAAUUAGAGUACCACUGUAAACUCAGCUGCACACAGCAGGUGUAUCUAAGGGGACCGGUGAACUAUAGCUUCCACUAGGUGCCAACGUCCACACAGCUGCUAGUGCACCCUUCAAGAUGGUCGUGACUACCAAAAUAAAAUCAGUGACCUGUAUGACCACAAUGGCUACUACAGCUUCAGCUAUCCUUGACUUUCUUACCACCUCUGCCAUAAUGGCUGCAACCUGACAUGGCCACCACUACUUAAAUUGAAACCACAAUGAUUUUGACUAUCAGUGAAAGCCCAUGAGUAGAACAACUACCACACAAACCAGAACUACCACAGAGACCAUAAUUCCUGGUCACGACAACCAUAUCAUCCCUCACCACCAUGCAAUAUGAUGACCAUGGGUACCACUAGAAACUAGCCAAUAAUAUUAUAAUUGCGAUUACCACUAAACCACCACAACUCGACUACAAUGAAAAUUUUUUUGCUACUACUGAAAACUACAGCAUGACUAUUAAAGUUCUUUUGAUGAUGUCAAGUACAUUAGUUAUUACAUUUUAACACAUUUCGAAUGCAUUUAUUUCUCAGAGCUACUCUGAAAUGUCAGUUAAUCCUGAUGAUUAUGAAGGACAAACUGUGUUAAUCAUAGGAAGAGGUCAGUCAGUGUUUUGACACUUACUUAGAUGGAGUUUUGGAGUUUUUUUGCUCUUCCAAAUUAGCAUUACACCAGGAUUUUCAGAUUCUAAUUUUUAAAGUGAGCUAUAGUUACUAUGAUCAUUUCCUCAAGUCUAAGUAAAGAUAAUUUCACAAGCUGUACAUUCAUUUACUUUAUGUGGAAAUUAGAUUGAAUCAAACAUCAAUAGUAUGAAGAACCCGAGGCACCAGCAUGUUUGAACCCGUUAGGUAAAUAAGUAGCCUUAAAAAGCCUGCUAAUACAAAACUCAGCAAGUAAAUGAUUCCAAAAUAUAGCGGCAGGUUAUUAUUUUCAGGUCUCAUUUGACAGGUCAGAAAGCAUACAGGUUUAACUGUGCUACAGAUAAUUUUAGACCAGACUAGAAGUGUCUCCUAGCCCUACACUCCUUAUCCAAAAUCGUGUUUUUGAUCGUGGAGAAAUUAUUUGUUUCCUUAACUAUCAAACAGUGACUUGUAAUCGUGACCUGUAAAAGAAACCUUUCCCAAGUACAGUCAAAUCAUGCUUUAUGGACACCAGCUUAAUACAGACACCACAUUAUUAUGAACAGUUUCCUUUGUCCCUGGGGAAAGAAAGCUCUUACAUUUUAUCUUAAUUCAACCAGUUUAAUACCAACUGGACAUAUUCCAUGGCCCCCUCAAUCACUAGAACUCACUAAGUCAUGUCACAUGGCCUUUUUUUAAUUAGUUUGUGGCUGUUACUGGGUAAAUGAAUUUCCAGCCAAAAAUUAAUAUUAACAAGUACAUAGCAAUAUUUUGAUUAGUCUCAUGGUUAUAAUAUUAACAAAAGUUUCUUUUUAUUAUCACAUGCUUACCAGGUAAUUCAGCUUUUGAGACAGCAGAAAACAUAAUGGGAGCAACUAAUUUAAUCCAUAUGUUUGCCAGGUGUGUAUAGUACUAACCUGAGAUCAGGCUUUUUUUUUUUUUGGCUUUUUCUUUGGCUCGAGAGGGGAAAAAAUAACGCCUGAUACAUUCAUUUAACAAGCCGUUAUAACCGCCCCCUAAUUUACAUAAUCUAACGUCUCUUUGACCUGUCAUGUUAUUAGCCAAUAAGCGUUUACCAUACAGGAAUCAAAUUUUGGCGCGAAUAAUGUCUCUUUUGACAUCAAUUUUAGGGAAAGGAAAAUUUUUAAGUACGUCCAUGUUCAGAUACGAUCGAUGGCACUUUCUAAAAAGAAUUUUAAAUGUGUUCAAAUACUGCUAGCUGGAGCCGCUGUACCUUUAUUUAACAGCUACAAAAAAUAAAGAAUUUACAGGUUAAAGCUCGUUGACUUCCUUCAGUGCCGAAAGCAGUGAAAAAAAAUUAGGAUGAAGCACCAUAUUUUACGAACUGAAAGGUGUUGUGAAAGCGAAGAUCGCUCAGAAUAAUUUGCAGGUUUCUGAAAGAGGAAUUACAGUCAAACCAGGUCAAGAUUCUAUUCAUGAAUUGAUUAUUUGAAAAGUGAACCCGUUUGUCGCUUCUGUAACUUGUUGCAUUCAAAUGAUCGGUAAAUUUUUUACUGCAACUUUUUAGUAUACGAUGAGAUAGAAAAUAUUUCAGUGGGUGAAAUUUCUAUUUAGGCAUUCUUCAAAUUCAAGAAAACUGAGCCGGCAGAAAUUUUAUAACGAACUCGCGUGUGUAUUCACUGCUCAUGACACAAGCAAAAAUGCAGACUGAAAUCAACAACAACUAACGGAUGGCGGCAUUUUGGCCAAUUGGAACAGCGCAAAUCAUCCGUAUUGUUUCUUGUCCAAUCAGAAAAAAGUCCAGAUUCUGGCUUUUUUACAUGUGAUCCGACAGAGAAAUGUAUCAUGCCCUCUUCCCGUGAGAGACUUAAAGGGAUAAUUAGGGAGAGGGCAUGAUCUCAGGCUAGUAUAGUACACAUUUACACUGCAAGUUAUACAGCUGCAUGUGGCCUCCUUCCUCAACUUAUAAAUUAAUUAUAAGUAUAACAUAGGAGUCCGUAAGCAUUAUGAAAUAAGGAUGUCUCCGAACAAGCAUGACGAAUACCCUGGUCCCAGAGGUUUUUUCUUCUUAAUUUUUCUUUAAUAUCAAUCAAUCAAUAAACAAUGCCAAGACGCAAGCCCUUUUAAUCGCUCCCUGCAAGUACGGUUUUGACUUAACUUUGAAUGGUUGUGGCGUUACUAAACUUCCCUCUAUUAGAAUUUUGGGCGUGGAACUUGAUAGCAUUGUUAAACUUUAUAGAGGAUAUUUCUAGUCAGCCAAGAAAGGGGUGUGCAAAGACUGGCGCACUUAGGAGAAUUAUGCAUUUUGUACCAGCCCUAUGGACAUUAUGGUAGCAUUAUAUACACUUCUUUCAUUUUACCACAUCUACAAUACUGUAGUCCCCUUCUGUUACGGGUGGGGAAAGUCCAGACCAAUAAAAUUGAAGACGCCAAUCAUUAUUUUCUAAGGACUCUGACAGGGCACGGGAAAUCAUUGUCCUACCAAGAACUCUUAAAUAUAUGUAAGUUGGACACUUCAGAGUGUAGGAAAAAGCAGCAAUCUCUGAUCCUAUUAUUUAAAUGCAUUAGGAACAUAGCUAGGGCCGAAGUACAUUAGAGACUUUUUUAGCAUAAGAGAAACGUCUUACAAUUUAAGAGGAAUGUUAAUCUUUGUGUUCCCAAAUUUAAUCUUAAUUUUAUGAGGAACUCUUUUACUUACAAGUGCGCUCAACUAUGGAAGAAAUUAACUUCCAGGAGAUGUCAAGCUGGCUGAUAAUGUUAAUAUUUUUAAGUCUAAGCUAAGGUCAACUCAGCUGUAAUUUUUAUAUUUUUAAUUCUUUUUUUGUAAUUUUUAUAAUUUUUUAUAUUCAUGUGUACAUUUUAUUAUUAUCAUUUUUUUUCAAUACUAGAUUUUUAUUAUAAUUGUAGAUUUAAUGCACGUUUGUAUUUUGAAUGAGCACUUGUGCUCUUAGACGAUAAUGUGGGUAAAUAAAUUAUUGAUUGAUUGAUUGAUUGAUCGAUUGAUUGAUAGGGGUGGGUAUAAAGAGGCGGAAAGUAUAUAUUGAUGUAUCGGGCCAUCAAGGGAUCUUGUUUACAGUUAUUUUCAGUUCACAAUUUUGCACAACCAAAUUAUGAUCCUCAAAAAAAAUUUCUCUUUGAUUUCGUUACAGAUCAAGAGUUCGUCUGUCUUGGGAAACACACUAUGUUGGUGAUUUGAGGUAGGUUCCAAACUUACUCUUUUCUUACUCAAAAAAAUAUUCCCAAACAAAGAAAUUUAGCAAAAAAGCUUACCAUUCUAUUCCCAGAGAGAAUGGUCCAAAUUGACUUCUGUUAACCCCCCUGUAAAUUAUUUUAUGCUAUAUAAGAGCAACAUUGUUUUAUAUCAGAUAGUCAGGUCAUAUUUUUGUGAAAUGUUUUAUAUUUUAUUUGAUCUAAUUUGAUCAUAACGCUUGCUCUUUGUCUUUUUUUCCAGAGCUGUAAAUAAUGGGAUAUUGGAUACGUAUCAACUGAAAUCUCUGGAUGCAUUGUUGGGUAGGUCUAGUUAUGAACCAAUCUCACGCUUUUUUCUAUAAACAUGUCCGCUGAUGUUAUAUGUUCAGGGGCACCCAACGAGAAUAUAGUUCAAAACCACUUAAACAUGGCAUUGUUAAACGUAUUUUAGUAUUAAAACGGUAGAUCUUUUUCAGGGGAGGCAUAUUUUUAAGGAGGAAAAAUUUUCCAUCUGUUCCAAGGAGGGGGCUCCUAAAAAAUUGUCUAGUGAUCCGAAAAUUUAAAGGAUCAAAACUUACCUCUUCCAAAAUUGUCAUAUUAAAUGAACUUUCCUUAAAUCAGAUAGGUGACAUAUUUUUGGGCAAAAAUCCGUCCAAAAUGGGCAAUUAUCUUUUUUUGUUUUUUAGAUGUUCGAAAAUCCUAGGAGAGGCAGACAAGCAAGAAAUUUUGGAAAAAAUGUUCCGAAAAUUCUAGAUCUCAAAUCGUCUUCCGAACAGAUAUUUUCCGAAGGGCGGUGAUUUUCUUUGCUUUCUUUAUUUUUGUUAAGACCUCUCCAGCUGGUGUAUGACAUUUUCGCCAUUUCAUUUUAUUUAACCUGAGAUCAGGUUCUAUUUUCGUUUCGCUUUGAAAAUUACAUUCCGGUGGGCAAGGCGAAACGGAAAGACCUGAUACAAUCCUUCUAAACCACAGGGUCCAGAGGAGUUUUGUGUGAAUAAAUGAAUCACUUAUCUAAAGUCUCACCUUGAAAAAUAUCUAUUUCUGCAGUCGUUUAGCACGAUUAAUUAGCCCAGUGGGCUCUUUAUGAAUCUACUGUAAACGAUUUCUUCACUUCUUAUCUGACCAAGAUCGACUUUGUUGUUCGCCAUUUGAAAAUCAAUAACCACAAGCUAUAUCCUCGCUGGCGCACGGCACGUCGCCUGAAGGGCGACUGCGAGCCCUCAUUCUCUUGUGAAAACGAAACUGUAACCACAGGUAACUCAGGCUCACUGUUUGUGUCACGUAUGGGUUUCAUAUAGAGAACAUAUAGAGAACAUAUGGAAAUUUGCUAGAAAAUGGAAAUAAAAAUCGAUGAAACUUACCAUGUGGUGAAUUGUUGUUGUCCUUAAUAUGCGCACGAAGUUUGGAGAAAAAUAGUUUGCUUCAUCUUUUCUACAUAGUAUAGCCACUAUACCGGAUCAUUCAUGAAAACAACGACGCAAGGAAUAGCCCUUUCAACUUCUGUUGAUUUCAACAGCCAAUCAGACCCUGAGGCAUUGUUCCAACAGCCAAGCUGUCGGAGCGUUACGGCCAAAAUCUGGCCGCAGUGAGCACAAACGUGAGAGAGUUUGUAUCAGGCCCAAUUUUAGCGGUAGCCAUUAGAGAGAAUGUAUGAGAACCGCUAAAAUUGGGCCUGAUCGCAGGUUACAUUUUAUUGGAACCAGUGUACGCACCUUCCCCUCUGCACAAUAGAGUUGUAAAUUGCCGCUUAUGAGCCCCCCUCCCCUUCCCCCCAUGAAUAGGUUCCCCCAGUUAUCACCCCAUCUACCUGUAAAUAUGAGGAUUUAAAGCUUAAUAAUUAUUAAAAGCCACUAAAUGCAAAACGUAUUUUGAUCAUCGCUGUUAUAACAUCAGUAGGAGGCAGCGUGGCCGAGCGGUUAGAGUGAUGGACUUGUAAUCCAGCCGGAGGCCCCGAGGUCAACUCCUGCCCUGACCGCGAGCUGGAUGUGUUCUUGGUAGUCCCGAGUUCAAAUCCUAGGCCACGCUAAUAACUAGCUGGUUCACCUCCUACUUAUAGUUAGAUAGAUAGAUAGAUAUUCUGUUUAUUUCACCCAAUUGCAGCAAUAACUGAAUUUUGGGGGAAGGUCAUUGUCACACACAAUUAACCAUUUACAUACGUUGCAGGGCGAUCGACUUUUUAAAACCUUGUUAUGUUGCAUUUGAAUUAUUUGUUUCAUUAUCCCCGGAAGCCCCUCAAGGAUAGGAGCCCCCCUGUUAUGUUAAAAGCCUUUUUAUAACAACCUCUUGCGAAGAUUUUCAGUGAAGCCCAGGGCUUUUAAACAGCUGUUUACGGUAUUUCUUUGAAUACUCGUUUUUGUCAUGGUUAUUUUUAUACAGAGGCACCUAUUGAAGAGAUUGCAGUCAUCAAGAAGGAUGGAAAACUUCAUGUUGAUGCGUUUGACGGCUCUGGAGAAAAUAUCGUUACUACUGAACAGCCUAUUUCAGAGAGUGGAAAAGCUCGUAAGUUAAAGUUUUUACGGUAAACUCUGUUUAUAUUUUAAUUAAUGUUAUUUUCUGUUUUUAGAGAGCUUUAGCAACCGGAACGUCAAGAAGCAAUUAAGUUUAUCUGCAAAAAUCUACAACUAUGCACGUGCAGCACACUUUUUCCACAUUUCUUUACAGUCACUGCACGACUACGACUUAAAAUUUCCUCAAGCGUCCUUUUAUGGAGGACGUAAAACUUGUAAAACUGUAGCAAUCCUGUAACUACGACCAGUAUAGUGAAAUCUCUUUCUUUCUAUCUUUUCUCUGUGUAGUAAUUUAAUUUGUUUUGCUCUUAUUAUUUUCAUUUUUGUUGUCAUUGCUGCUAUCAUUAUUUUAAUUUACUAUUUAUUGUAAUCUUAACUGCUGCUGAUUUGAAAUCCUUGUAAGUAAUGCACCUAUCAGGAAGCUCUAACCUUAUUAUAGGAAAUUAACGCUCCAUGAAAUUAACGCGAAUCGUUAAAAUUCGCGUUAAUUUAAGUCGCGUUAAUUUUGUUGAGCGUUAAUUUCCACGACGUUAAUUAAGUGCAGCGUUAAUUUCCGCGCUCUUAAUUUCCAGUAUUUUAACCCCAAUUUUGGACACCUAAAAAAAAACAUUAACUACAAGCUUUCUUUCUUUCCAUUUAUCCUUUAUUUUUCAUCUUUAACAAAAGCUAAGGCAAAGGUUUACAAUAUUUCGAGUUCAUCUUCGUCGUUGUCGCUGUCAGAAGUGAUGUCAGCUCAGUUUUGUUCAGUUUUGAUUUUUUUUGCAUCCAGUGUUGAAAUAAAUUUGUUCCAGUUGUCUCCACCAACUGUGUCUUAAUCGCGUUAAUUUCCUUUAUUAUGAAAUUCUACCUCCUCUUUCGCUCUAAUUUUCUUUAUUCGAAAGUCGUUUUCCAUUUUAAAUUCGCGUUAAUUUAAGUCGCGUUAAUUUCCAAUACCUUAAUUUCAUGGAGUGUUAAUUUCCUAUAAUAAGGUAGACUCAGUGAAGCGCAUGUGGGUAGGGAAUUUGACAUCCUGAACCUCCCCAGGGUGGGAAAUUUGACCCAGCUGCCAUCUUGAAAAGUGGAGGACCAUAGGGAAUGAGUGAUAAGAAGUCCGCCAUCUUAGAAAAUACCCAGUAGUCGUUUGCAUGAGUUUCCCACAUUUUGAUGUGUUCAUUUCUUUGUGAAGGAUGGCAGAACGAAAUUUGCUUUUAAGUUUUUGAAGUUUUAUGACAAAAAGUAUUUUGUCCCUCAGCAUUGAGAAGCAAUAUUUACACGAAGUGUCAUUUUGAAAAUAUGCUUUCUACUUGCAUGUUUUCACCAGAUGCUGCCCUGCCACAAGUUUUUGAUAAAAUGAAAGAUCAAAAAAUCAUACGCAAAGACAUGAAAGAGUCCUGAAAUUCUGUGUUAGAUUUGGUGCUAUACUCAAAAUGUCCAAUUAAAUGAAAUUCUGGACCACACGUACAAAACACCAGCCCUUAGACAUUAACCCUUCUUGAUGCUGGCAUGUCAUUUUCUGGAAUUCAGCAUUUUGCAUUGCUGUAAACACUGUUUGAAACAAUUCAAAGGUACUUUUGGGAGUAUAGCAUGUGAGUUAAAUUGCCAGCAACACAAAAUAUCUAGCUAGAAUAUGUCUUUUAUACUUGGCGGAAAUGCACAAAGUUUGUGGGUACCAUUAUUUUUUUGUCACCAAGUAAUUAUUACUCUCUGAAGAUCGACGCUCAGUGCUACAAUAACAACUGUUGUGAGUGCGUAUUAGAUCGCCCCAGGGAUGUGAAUUUGACCCAAAAUGGAGACCCAAGGGAGGGGAAAUUGACAUUUGAAAACUGAAAAUGGCAAAUUUCCCGUGGGUUGCCCCCGCCCCCCCCUUACAUCUCCAUCCUGAGGCAAACCAUUGAUAGGUGCAUAAAUAUGUUUAGCGCUAAAAACCCUAGUUGUAAUAAGCUUAACUUAAUCAUACCUACCCGCCUCGACUAGUUUAACUAUUUUGUGGGUAGGUACUAUUGAAAUUGUAAAUGUCUGUGUUUUAAUAAAGUGUGUUGUUGUUUGUUGUAAAAACAACACGACAAAUUUUUCUUUCUCCCUUUAAACUUGCAUUUGUGCGCUAGUCCCCAAAAUUUAAAUUCCAGGAAAAUUCACUUACAUUUGAGAUUUUACGCGAGGCAGAAUAAUGUGGACAAAGUUUGAACAAAAAGCGAAUUAUUUUAGUACAGGUCACAAAUGCUUUUGUUGUACCGGUGAAGAUUAAGGAGAAUGCCGGGCAUGAUGCAAUAGAGAGCUUUUGCAACCACGAUGAAAACAGCAGAUAAAACAUCACUACGUAAAGCGAAGCACCUGCUUAACUCCCUCUUACCUUAAUAGGCAUGUAGCGUGUGAAUAUGUCCAUCUCUCCUUGCUCCUCGCUGCGAAACAUUCCUAGCUGUUAAGACUGUGUAAGGGAGCUGCUAAGAGCGAGAAUAGGUGGGUGUAUUCUUAGUCUAUAGGCUCUGAGAAUAUGUCAAAUGUAUCUUCUUUGUUUACAGCUGAUAACUUUGCAGUGAGGGAACCUUAUGAUCGUAUUAUAAGAUGCCUGGGUUUCAAGGUAUGCUUUUCAUAGUUAAGAGCCAGAGUUGAAUGCCAUUUCUAACCAGAUAAAGAGCUCUGCUGGACUUGAAACUUAAACCAAAUUUUGACAGUUACGGGAUCACUUACCCUCAACAUGUUUUUGUUUGUGCUUAGUUUGACUUCUCUGUGUUCGACAAUUCAACCCAGCAAAGACCAUGCAAAGGAAAGCGAUCCAGAAAGUACCCAGAAAUUCAACCCAACUAUGAAUCAACUACAGUGCCGCGACUCUUCUUUGGUGGGUUUUGUUGUUCUUUUACUCUCUUUCAGUUUCCACACCCCGCAUGGGUACCACUGGCAAGUCUUGGUGGGGGUGUGCCGCCCAGUUCUCCAAAUCCUGACUCUAUUUCGGAACAAAAAAAUGUCAUUUUCCACACCAGUUUUCAGACCUGGCCCCGGUUGUUUUAACGUUGGAUAGCGCUAUCUACCGGAUAAAUCACUAUCCAGCGGAUAAGUAUUACGAGAAACAAUGGUGUUAUCUGCUGGAUAGUGAUUUAUCCAAAGGAUAGCGCUAUCCAACGUUAAAACAACCGGAGCCUGGGGCCCGUUUCUCGAAAGUCCCGGUAACUUUUCGAGCCCGAAAUCAAAUAUUCAAAUCGAAAUAUAAAGAAUAAGAGCGCGGGUCCUGGCUGGCAAACUACUCCAUUUUGUUUCACUAACUGAUAGUUUUAUCAUGCUAGAUGCAAAACUUUUGAAACCUCGAUCUUUAAUAUAAACGGAGACAGCUUACCAAGCCCGUUAAUUAUCGGGACUUUCGAGAAACGGGCCCCUGGCCUUUAAAAUCCAGACUCCUUUUCAGACCUGAAAUUACUUAGAUUAGAACGUCAACAAAAAGAUUUCUUAAAACCCAUUUCGAAUUCGCAUAUUAUCUUUCUUUCCUAUUUAUUUGGAAUUGGACCAACAAAUACGUUCAUAUACUAGUAGCUACCUCGAAAACCAUACCCGAUUCCAGACCAAAAUGUGGAAAGUCUAUACCGGUUUUCAGACCGAAAUACCGCAAAACCUAUACCGUUUGGGGCAGUACAUACCUACUGUAUAUGGCUUAUAUAAGGGAGUACUGACCACCCUCGGGUGAGACACCUCUCUGUCCUUUAGGGGAGCCAAGUUAGCACACGGUCUUUUCAUAAACUUUGCAGUUCCACAGUCCUACUCCAUAACUGCUUAUUUGUUUGUUUUCUCUUACAGCUGGUACCAAUACUCAUUCGAUUGACCUCCGCAAGUCUGCAGGAGGAUUCAUUCAUGGUUUUCGUUACACUGGUUUGUAGCGUUCUAAUUUUUUUUCAAUGAAUAUAUAUUUUUUCAGAUUAGUAAACAAGCUGGUCAACAGAUCAUGAUUAUUUAAAUAUCGACCCAAAACAAGCAAAUGCACUUCCUCAAGUAAGCCUGCCCUCAGGCUAGUCUACACGCCACUUGCACAUCUCCCACACACCUUAUUUGCCCCCCAAAAUUUUGCAUUAGCAUUGUUUUCAAUUUCUCUUAGGACGGCUGUAAUACCCAGGCGAAGUGAAAAACAAGGCUUUUGCAAAAUUUUGGGAGGGAGGGGGGAGGGGCACUAAGGUGCGUUAUGGGAGAUGUGCAAGUGGCGUAUGCAAAGGGCUGACAGUUGCAUUUUAUGACUGUUUGAAAGUUGAGAACACGUUGUGGUUUUGUGAUUUAUUCAUAUUUUAAAGACAGUACAUUUACAGCAGUUUAAGGGGGUGCAAAGUUCUAAACUAGGUAUGUGAAAGCGGUACCAUUAUUUUGUAAAUAAAAGGCAUAAGAAAGGGGUACCUUUUUUGCCGAAAGUGGCAUACUAAUUAAAAGGGUUAAGGGUUAGACCUCGGGGCGGAACCUCCCCGUAUAAAACUUUGUCGAGUAAUCCCCUCUACCCGGGAAAGUAACCAAAUCAACAGCUUGUUAAUGAAGUCUUCUUAGAAUUUCUGUUAUUUGUAAAACUAAGAAUGCUUUUUUUCACACAGCUCGGGCUCUUUUUCGUCUGUUGGAAUGGCGUAAUCAUAAAGUCACCUGGCCUCACAUCACAGUCCCUGUAACAGAACUCUUAAACGUCAUCGUCAAAAGAAUCAAUGAAGCCUCGGUAAGAUUUGAAUUAAGCACUUGUGCAGAUCGUUGGAAGCCAUUUAAAAAGCUGGGUCACGGAGUUUAUUGAAAUUCAAAGAAUGGGAACUACCACCAAAUAUUUUAAAAAAUAUAACACAGCAUAAGAUUAGAACGGAUUGCAAUUGCGGUUUUUGAAAACCUUUUAGCCUAACAUUUGUUCAAAGUUCGUUUUUGUUGCUUGUAGGGUUUGAUAUAAUGCCUUGGGAGACACAUUUGUUUGAAAUAAAGCUGUGAUUUUGUCAUUUGUUAGCAGUUUCUUCGCUUAAGUUUUGUUCCAUUGCGAAAAAAAAAAAACGUGUAAGUGGCAAUAUUAACACAAAGACCUACGUAUAGACAGCAGUGACACAGUACUCAAAUUUAAUGAUGAUUUAUAAAAACACUAUAAAUAUUACCUAUUAUUUUUAAAAAGGCCCCUAAGAAGCUUUGUCACUUUUGCCUUUACAGGGUAUUUAUCAAAUGUUUGGUGUCCUUGGAGAGAUAAUGGUUUUCCGUAAGUUUGUCAUAGUUCGUAGUUCUAAACUGGAAAAGUCUACAUCUUUCUAUUGUAGCGGGCGUAUGACUGGACGUACGGUGUGUAGGGAGAAAACGUCAUUAAAUAAAUGGAAUUAACUCUAGAUAGCAGUUAGCACAAAUGCUUUCUUUGUAACCCAGGACGAUGCAGUCAGUUCAGAUCAAUUUAUGGUUUCAAACACUUGUUUUGACAACGCCUUCAAAAUGUUUAACUAAUUAGCGAUUUGAUACUAAAGCUUCAAAUUUACUACGCCUCCCAUAAACCGAUGAAAUGCCGGCCUUCUUCUGACCUCGAUCCAUUCUCACUUGCAGGGGAAAAUGGCAAGAUUGAUUAUUUUGAAGAUUUUCCUAUUAGACUCGUUCAUAAAUUUGAAGGUGAGAGUAAGAUAAGUUUAUGUAAAUGUAGGUGAAAUUCCCAGGAAUUGAAUUCUUGGGGACCGCACCAAAGGUUAGAGGGAAAAAGAGAAAUUUGUCGUGUUAUGUUACUCCUCCAUAAAACGUCGCUUGAGGGAAUUUUAAGUCGUAGUUGUGUAGUGACGGCAAAGAAAUGCACAAAAGAGUGUACUGCACGUGUAGAGUUGUCGCUAGCUGUCGCUGUCGUUGUCGCUUAAGCUCCCUACAAAAACGUCACUUUCGAAAUGAAUUCGCCCUACCUCAAACUUUAUCGUGCUUAUUCCAUCUCGUUUAAUUCGUCAAAUGUGGGCACAUUUUUUUCGAGUUGAAUUCUCGAGGCCUGUACCAAAGUUCAGUAAUGACAUAUAAAGGAAAGAAAGUUGCUGUAAGCUAAAUAUCCUGACACGUAAAUAAAGUUUAUUAUUUAUUUAUUAUUUAUUUAUUAAGCUCCCUGAGUACUACAAGUGCAGACAUUGCAUUGCAUUGUUUCUAAGUCUUCCUUUGUAUCUUUGUCUCAUCAUGUCACACGAAUGAAGAGUUCAGGAAACUGUGGUGUUGUGUCAGUGGGGGGAGAGAAACAAAAAAGCUUUCUUUCAACUGAAUUUAUCUAGACUACGAAAAGUCCCCCAUUUUUCCUCAGGGAGAGUAGAGUGAGCGAAACGCGAGCGUGCGUGAAAAUCACCCCACGCGAGAAAAGGCGACGCGUGUCGCGUGUCGCCUUUUCUCGCGUGGUUUGAUUUUCACGCGCGCUCGCUUUUCGCUCACUCUACUAUCCCUGAGGAAAAAUGGGGGACUACUCGUAGUCUAGAAUUUAUUGGGUCAAUUUACCGCUCAAAAAAAUUGAAAAGCUGCACGAUUCAAGCGCGAACCCUUCGAAGGCCCUGUUGUCGUAGCAACGUGCUCUGAAGAAGGGUUCAGUAGCAUUCGAAACGUCAGCUUUUUAGACUUUUUACAUUGGCAAAUUGACUAAUAUCCUCAGUUGAUAAAACCAAGUUUUUGUGAUUCUCAGACAGUUAGAGGAACGAACGAGCGACCUUGGAUAAUCUGAGAAUCAGGCUACAUCCUUUGCAAAAAGAGCUAUUGGGGAGCAAGUAGACUUUCAAAAAAGUCCUUCGUUGGAUCCCAUAUGGCGCGGGACGGUCGGCCGCUUCGCGGCCAAACAAGGCUCGCUCCGCUCGCCAAGAGGUCGACUUGUAGCAAGUCUAGGGAGCAAGGGAUGGUGUAGUGGUGAGAGCGCUCGCCUCCCACCAAUGUGGCGCGGGUUCAAAUCCCGGCGUCGACGCCAUAUGUGGGUUGAGUUUGUUGUUGGUUCUCUCCUUUGCUACGAGACGUUUUUCUCCGGGUACUCCGGUUUUCUCCUCUCCUCAAAAACCAACAUUUCCAAAGAAGAACCUCUCUGUGGAUGUGCUACCUCCAAAUCGUUAUUUGUUAUUUAUUAUUAUCUAUUUAUUUAUAUUACGUAGCCCUUAUAUUUCAAUAGUUUUUCCUGGUUUAAAAGCUUACUCGCCUGUUCGGUUUGGCGAACUAAAUUCGUGAUUGGAUUUUAGAAUGUCGAAUAAAUGAGAAUUGAACGUUACUUUGUGUUUUUUUUUAACCGUGGCAGAACUAUAAUUCCUGGAAAUGGAAAAUAGUUGUUUGGAGAGAGCUGCCUUGUUGAAAAAACUGGCGUAGGUGGCAGAAAACUUUUUAACUUUUCGCGCGGCGGAGCAGUAGCAGAAGCUCAUGACACGCAGCAAGAGAUUUUCACCAAUUAAGUAGUUGCGCGCAAUAAAUCCAGCCAGCUGGUUCGGCUAACUUGUUGGAUACUGAGAGAUACUCAGUCAAACUGAAAAAUGUUUUGAAGUCGGUUGUUUAACUCCUUAACAUACACGACGUGGUAUUGCUUACGAUUUGCAGAGUACACGGGUCGCCCAGCCGGUCCAAUGAUAGUCCUCAACAUGGAAUAUGGCAAAGACUUUUCCGGAGCAGGGUUAGUAUUACUUUUGUUGUUUAUUCAUUCAUUUAUUCGUGUAGACAUCACAGAGGUAAUUUCUGUAGAACAAAACAGACUUCCAUGAGAUAUUAUCUCCAUACUGUAGUCUUAGAAACCGGUGACCUUAACUAGUAAGUUUACUGUGGCACAAAAAAGAUACUUAAAAAUGUUAUCUAUAAACAGAGAUGGCCCAGCCUCUUAAAAUUAAUUUGAUCACACUCCAUAUUCCAUCACGACAAGCACAUAGUUAGCAAGCCAAUCUUCAAAACAACCAAGCACUAUUAAGUUUCGUACAUUGACUGAUCAUGAGUCACUGCUGUCACACCACUCCACCUUACUUUCAUACACUGAAACGUGCGUUUGACUUACGUUAAUCAAAGACUUAACUCGUGAACUCUUUGACGACCGCUUUGGUCGUAUUCGUUUCAUGUUUAACGAAGCUCGUUUUCCUUUCUGAACCCAUUUAGCUUCCAUCCCUUUUUUUGCACGUGCGCAUGAGCCAAAAUUUGAACUAUUUUUGGUCUUUUAUGAGCAAGACAGAAUUUCCAAAAUGAGGUAUCUGUGAAAAGAUCCAUCCUUGCUGAUGCUGCUGGAAAAUAUCAGUGUCCUUAUUAGUGUUGCAAACUCAUUUUAAGCCAUUCCUAUGCUAACGCCUAAAACUAGUCAAGAAAAGAGGAGUUGUUGAAAAAUGCGGUUUUUCGCCAACUCCCUGGGGGUCGCCAAAGGUUUACGUUUGAUCGAUCACUUGGAAGUUUGGCAUGGCAACACGGGAUUAAGAAAUACGUUUUGCAGAUCAUCCUCCGCAUAUAACAUGUUAAAGUUCCCGAAUUGUUUAGUGACCCUACCCCAUCCUAAACUAUCGUUAAUCGCUAAAAACGUUUAGGCAGGACUUGGUUUCGAAGCUUAUGUUACAGUAUGGCAUUAUUUUCUUACUGUUUGCAGAAAGGACACUUUUCGCUCAGAUCGGGCUACAGGAGAGCCGUCUGAUGCGCAUAAUUCUAACUUUUUGCAUCCUGUGUUUUACUUCUACAAGCACCCACCCACAGGUAACUAUACGGUAUUUCAUUGAUAAAGCGCCCUGGUGCUGAGUGCGCUAGGUGAAUUUUUUCUUUAACAAACUGAAACUUUAUUUUGGCUAAAUCUCGUUAUGAAAAAGAAUCUCAAAAGAUUCACAGUAAAACCUCUUUUAAGCGUCCAGUCACCACAACUAAAACCUGUUACCACCGGAAAAUGAGAAGGGGGGGAAAAUAUAUUUAAGAUAUUUAGCAACACGCCUUUCCCUUUUACGGUGGACAUGAAACCCCUGUUAGAUGUCUGGCGUUUGCUCUUUGAGGUUCAAUCGAUUCUCCACUCAACGUUACGUCAAGUUAUUGGGAAUUUAGCUUCUAUCUGAGUGAAAAAUGUCCCUUAUCGAGGAAUACCUUACACAGUCAAAGACAAAAUGAGCAAGGAAAACCAUACUUAAUGUUAUAGGCUUCUUCCGAUGCAAAGGCAGCAGAAAAACCCACCGAAAGCAAAAUACUGCAUCAAAACGUGUUUUCUUGAGGCGGUCGACAUAUUAGGGCCAUUUAUACGAGGAAAAAUAAGGCGCGUCUUAAAUAAGACGCGAACUGGACCAUUUAAACGAGCAUGUCUUAUCUAAAUCUUCUGUACACUUAAACUUACUUUUAAAUUGUAAGUUUAUAAUACGAAGAUAGCAAUUUGAUUAGUAAAUAUAAAUUGUGAUAGUUUAGAGUUAAAAGGGUCAACUUACACCAGCAGAUGUCACGCAUUUGUCCAUGAGGUCUGUUAUCGCCUUCUCCUUACAUAAUAACAAAAAAAUCUUUUUCCUCCGCGAUGGACCAAGUGUUUCUUUUUACCUUUAACGGCGUGCUCAUUGUAUUUGAGCGAAGAAAAAAAUAAAGCAGAAUAGACAAGGAAACGAAAACGCGUUGUAAUUUGUAAACAAUUUUUCCCCGCCAGUGGCCUGCCAGUCCACCGCGGGGCAAGCGAUAAUUUUCCCGCCAAAAAUUAACGCAUGCGUACUAUGCGUUAGCGUCUUAUGAAAGACGCGAAGGCUUGCGAAGGUCAUUUAUACGAAGUUUUUCUCGUCUUAGCUAAGACGCGUCUUAUCUAAGAACAGGGGUUAAGGGCUGUUCUAAAAUAAGACGCGUCUUAGCCAAGUCGCGUCUUAUUUUAGACGAAAUAUGCCGUUUAUAUACCCUGAAAUUGAUCCGAUUGCUUCGAGUCGUUUUCUCCUCUCAACAACGUCUGAAUCGACCGGCCGUUAAUGCCGUCCAGUGACGUCACUCACUACCCUAAAACCGGGUAGUGAUUUUUGAUUGGUUGAUUGUCCAAAAGGAGAUGUAAAGAAUCAACCAUAAGAGGACACAGAAAAAAUCUGAGCCCCAGAUGAGAUUCGAACCCACGACCCUCCGUGUUCUAGAUCGGAUGCCCUAACCUCUGAGGUACUGAGGAUUCGUUGGCGAGCAAGGGUCAUUUUUGUGGGUUGGACUUUCGAACCGCAUCUCGCAGUCACACAGUCCAUCACAGGCAACACAUUAAGGCUUAACUGUAUCACACAGUCACAUUAAUAGUAAGAAAUGUCUCACUCAUGAAGGAGCCUCCAACCAACCAACCUAUGCCAAUGAUAUUAAUAUUAUAAAGGAAAUAAAGGGAGAUGUAAAGAAUCAAUCAUAAGAGGACACAGAAAAAAUCUGAGCCACAGAUGGGAUUUUAUGAUAUUAAUAUCAGUGGCAUAGGUUGCUUGGAGGCUCCUUCAUGGGUGAAACAUUUCUUACUAUUAAUGUGACUGUGUGAAUCGGUGGGAGUGCCUAUUUCCUAGGGUUGAGGGUAGGGCGCUUAUUUGGGGAAAUAUGGUAGAGACCCUGUCAAAGAACUCCAGUUUACUUUUUUCAGUUUUGUGGAGACCACACUUGAUCGCUUGAUCAAGACUGAAGUUUUUCUUUUCCUGCAGCUUUACCUAAGGAAAAAAAGGGCGUUGUGCUUCCGAGACCACACCGCCUUCACCACAUGGUCGAAGACUUCUUAACACUCUGGUAAGCUAAACUUAAAAGUAGGUUUACAUGAAAAGAAAAAAAGCACGGUCUUUGGGACUGAAAACUUCAUUUGGUCUUUACUUUAAAUGAUAUAAUAUCUUUUUGAAGGGUGGUUAGUCAUCGGAAAAAACCCACAAAUGUGAAAUCGUUUUCCUGUGUGGGGUCUUUAUCGAAAAGUAUUGUUACUGGAAUUUCUUUCAUCGAUUUUCAGAGUUAUCGCAAAUGAGGAAGAGGUUUCUGUAGUUCUCCCUCGCCUCGUUCGCUUAGAUUGCGCAAGUCUUUACACGGAGCUUAUUCAGUUCUCGACCCAUCGACAGCCUCUUUUAUCAAAGCAAUGUGUAGUAGCAAGAUAUCUUCUAAAUGUAAAUCUAAAUCAUGAUGGUUUUGUCGGCAACAUCCAGGAGGGACAUCACGCCAACUCUAAAACGCUAAAAAAUAGAAGAUGACAAUAAAAGCUAAAACUACGAAUAAAAACUAAUAUAAACUGCUAGUUAAAGAUAGCCGAAUGUUGUACUUUUAAAAACAGAGAGAAAUUGACUGGUAACAGUUUUUUUUCGAAAGUUUGUUCCAUUCAGUUAUUGUCGUGGGAAAUAAAGAAAAUCUAAAAAUAUCCUUGUGUCCUUCCAGUACAAUAAACUUAAAAUCGUGGCUUCCUCGUGUUCUCCUUUCUCUAUUGUAUAGGAAACCAUAGUACAUCUUCUACAUAACAGACAGCCUUGCGUGUCUUCUAAUUGUUUCAAGUGUUUCCCACUUUAAAUCUUGCAGCAUCCCCAUCACGCUCGCUGUUCAAUCGUAAUUUCCCGUGACAAAGCGAGCCGUUUUUCGUUGUACCCUUUCUAGAGCGACUACAGGCAUACUGGAGCCAUAAGCUAAUUAAAAUUCCAUCUGGGCCAUGAGCUUUGUCUGCGAUUCCACUCUGGGGCACAGGUUAUGAUAGUUAUUGUUCCAAUACAAUAUUGCUUUAUGGAGUUGUCGAGAAAAUCAGAAAGACAAUUUUCUCUUUCCACCAUAGAAAGAGAAAUUAAAGAGCGGAGAGAGCCAGCUGCUGGAAGAACGUAGCAUGACCCCCAUUCGGUCUCAUCAGCAUUAGCAAAUUCUGGGGUGGCGAUCAUUCGAGGGUCAGGGUGGCGCUCUGUUAAGUAAAGACCCUAUUUCUAACGUUUUUCAAGGGGCCAUAGAUACCAAGUUGAAUUUUUGUUACAGGACUGCUCCAUCUUCACACCUCCUUCCAUUGCGACGGUUUAUUGAGAAUGUUGUCGGCAGUGAUCUCCGAAGCUUUUUUGCGUCAUCCUGCUUCAAGGUAAAUUGA